UCCCGAGAUGCUCCGGAGACGCCUGCUGCGCGGGCGGCCGUGUCCUGGAGACGGAAAGCCCCCGGCGGCCUGCCAUGGAGGGAGUGCGCGGUUCUCCUCGGAGCCCGGAUCCAGAUUAGCGGUCGGCGGCGACGACGACGGCGGAGAUCCUCCCCGAGGCCUGAUGGACGAAAGCAAAGUAGCUAGUGGCAAAGUGAAGAAACCAGGUAAACGGGGCCGUAAACCAGCUAAAAUAGAUUUGAAAGCCAAACUCGAGAGGAGCCGGCAGAGUGCAAGGGAAUGCAGAGCAAGGAAGAAACUGAGGUACCAAUAUCUGGAAGAGCUGGUUUCAAGCAGGGAAAGAGCUAUCUGUGCUCUUAGAGAAGAACUGGAAAUGUACAAGCAGUGGUGCAUGGCAGUGGACCAAGGAAAAAUCCCCUCUGAAAUCAAAGCUCUCCUGAGCGGAGAAGAGCAAAGCAAGCCGCAGCAGAGCGUCGGCAAGAUGGCCAGAGCCCUAAAGAGCGACGCCAACAGCCACAGUUCCUGGUGAAGGUCAGUCCAAGCAGACUGAGGCCCAUAUUUAAAACAAAAACCCCCCCACAAAAUGAUUUUUUUAAAAAAGCAGUAAUCUACUGACUUCGUGUGAAAUUGCCCAUCCUUGACCAUAUCAACAGUUCAACAACGUCAACCAUUCAGCCGUACUGCAGUUGGAGUUUGAGCCUGGCAAGAGGGCAGAAGUAAAUCUUUUUGAUCCAUUUGAUUUAAUAAAACAACAUCCCUGUGUCUGCAGGAAUUUCUGCUUGAAGCAGAGAAGGAAAGGCCCACGAUUAUGUCAGCCCCAAGUCUAUUCCAAAAUGUAUUAGAAAUUCUGGGGUUGAUUUUGUGGGUAGAAGUGGCUGAGAAAAAGGGGGAGACCUUUUUUCCCCUAGGGAUGAUUGGGCCACCAAACUCUCUUUUGUUGUGUUAAAGCCUAUAAUUAUGCUUUUGAUUUUGUUUUCAUUGUUUAUUCUAUUUAGUGUUUAUUUAAGGAAAAUACUAUGCCGAUAGAGAAGUAGAGUUUAUUAUUCAUGGGAUAGCCUGUUUUGCAUUGGACAUAUAUAUAUAUAUAUAUAUAGUGGAGUGUUUUUCAAACUGGGCCAUUUUAAGACGCUUGGUCUUCAACUCCCAGAAUUCCCUAACCAGCAGGGCCAUUGAUGAGAAUUCUGGUAGUUGAAGUCCUUAAGCGGUCAAGUGUGAAGAAUACUGGUGUAGCACCUGCUGAUAUAGCUUGCUGUAGAUGGCCAAUGUGUCACCUCCUUCUUUUCCUUCCGAUGUUUCUGAACUAGUGGAGUUUAGGCUGUACUUGUGAAUUGUGAAAUCCCUGACUCGCAUGUCAUCUCAGUUGUAAGUUGAUGUACUUAAGCGAGGGUGCAGUUUGGGGUAAAGAUAAUUGGUUUGGAUGGUUAGGAUGUGUGAGGUUGCAGCCAUGAGAUUCUUUGGCUAAGCAACCCCUCUUUAGUUGCAGCUGCAUGCACAGAUCAUCAUGUUCAUGCUGUGGUUGUGUCCCAGGGGCCUGUUAUGAUGCUGCUGUCACUGUCUUAGCACCCAACCAGCCUUUUGUGGAUUGAGUUGACUAUUUGAAUUAAAUCUAAUGCUAAACUCAAGACUUCAUUAACUAGGUGAAUUGGUCAUUUGAUCAGCAGGGAAAUAACUCUUCAGCAGCCAAGUGUCGUGGUUAGUUUAUAUUUUCUAAACUUGCAUGAUUGCGUCUUUGCGUAGACUGCUUAUUAAUAGGAGUUGAUGAGUCAAAAUAAUUGUAGUCUUUUUUUUCUUCCCCUCAAUGCAGUCAUGGAGACGUUUGAUAAGGAAGAUACCCCACCUAGCUGGCUAGAGAAAGAGGGGAACAGAAGCAGGUUGCCCAUUUCCUUCACCUUGCCUUCUCUCUCCUGGUUGCAGACCAUAUCGUCUGCUUUUGACAUAAAGGGGCAAGGAGGGCCUGAGAAUUUGUGGAGAAAGGCUAGCAAAUGAAGGUAGCAUCCAGGACGUUUUAUAUUUUCUGUUCCACAGGAUCGGUGCAUCCGUAGUGUUGAGUGUUGGAAAGGGAAUAAUAUUGGAAACUUACAACCUCACGCUAUGUGUAUUUUUGCUGCAGGGAACAAAAUAGUUAAAUUAUUGUGAGACCAAAGUCUGCCCUUUUGUAUUAAAAUGGAUGUAACAAAGCCUAUGCUGUCAUUUAUUAAAAGGGUUAUUGACAGAGGGCAGGGUUGAAAGAAGGAAUUGACCAUCAUGUCAGAAACACCCAAACCCAGCAGUGCAGGAAAAAAAUAUGAAUGUACUUUGUUUAUAUGUAUUAAAACAAAGCUGUUUUAAUGAAAGCUUCCUUUUCUGUAUGGAAAGUUGUGAUUUUUCAGCCAUCUUAAUUGGCAUGUGGGUAAAAUGUGCAAUCUUCUUCACA